UUUUCCUCUCUCCUCCAUUUCCUAGACCAUAUACCAAUCCGUCUGGGCGAGACGAAAGAUUCCUAAUUUCAGCCUAAUUUAAACUAAUAUAUAUAUUAUUUUUUAAAUCCGAAAUGGCCAACCCAAAAGUUUUCUUCGACAUCACUGGAAACGGAGCUCCUCUCGGUAGAGUGAUUAUGGAGCUGAGAGCUGACGUUGUCCCCAAGACAGCAGAGAACUUCAGGCAGCUGUGCACAGGGCAGCCUGGCUUCGGCUACAAAGGCUCCACCUUCCACCGCGUCAUCCCUCAAUUCAUGUGCCAGGGAGGCGACUUCACAAACCAUAACGGAACUGGUGGCAAGUCCAUCUACGGCCACAAAUUUGAGGAUGAGAACUUCUCUCUGAACCACACGGGGUUUGGCUGCCUGUCCAUGGCCAACGCUGGACCCAACACCAACGGCUCGCAGUUCUUCAUCUGCACAGCAUCCACCAGCUGGCUGGAUGGGAAGCACGUGGUGUUCGGCCGGGUCGUGGAAGGCCAGGAAGUCAUCAAGAGGGUGGAGGGAUACGGCAGCAACAGCGGCAAGACCAGCGCCAAAAUAGUGAUCGCCGACUGCGGACAGCUGUAGACGCUUCCCGGCUCCUGUCCCGCUACGUCUCCUGCACACCCCUGAUCUCUUAGUCCCCUUGAAACGCCGCUCAGAUCAUGACAUUCCUGUCCUGCUUCGACACCCGCUAGUCCGCGUCCCUUACGCUGUCCACUGUUUUGACGGGUUGCCUUUUUUUCCUAUCCUUUUUAAUUAUUAUUAUUCUGAUCGGUUCUCAUUUUUCAUUUGCAAAUAGAAGCCUCUUACGGGGCUGUAAGAUUUGUGUAACGAAAUCUGAAAAUAAAAAGGGGAACAACGA